CUUUGGAGGUGGUGUCGGCUUAGAACCUGCAGCAAACACACCUCUUAUGUUGGAAUUCAUUUUUGCAAUCUAUGUCAUAUUUUCCAUUUAAACAGGAAAUGGGAGCAGUAAGUACUAAAGACGACACAUCGAGAGAGGCAGCGCUCAGAGAAGAGACGCCUCCAAAUGAUCUCACAAAGGUCAUUGCUGAAAUGAAGAAACAACAGAAAGGCCAAACGAACACUCUUGAGGUCGAGAGAAGUGAUGUGCUACAUGUAGCCAUUUCAUACUUCAAGAGUCACGAGUGCGAGUUUAGGCCCCUUGUUGUCAAAAUGAUUACCGAAGGAGUCGGCGAGAACACGCGUGAUUUAGGAGGCCCGUUGAGAGAAUUUUUUACCGUGUUUUUCAAAGAAAUCCUUCGGAAAAACAUCGACAUGUUCGAAGGACAUGAACAAGGACGGACUCUUUUCCCUGUAUACAAUGAAAGAGCAUUAUCGGACAACUGGUUUGAAGCGUUUGGAAAAGCAGUUGUGGUGUCAGUUAUGAAUGGUGGUCCGGGGUUUCCUUACUUGGCGCCAUGUGUUGUGAAUUUUUUGCGUGGUAGGGAGUAUGAGUCGAUGUUGAACAUAGGACUGGUGUACAACACGCUCUUGAGACAAUUGAUUAAAAGAAUCAACAAUUCCGAAACUGAAGAACAAUUAAACGGUGCAAUAGAAUCUGAUUCAGAAAGAUAUAUAGACCAUUGUGGGUGGCCAAGAUACCAAAUGAUCACGAUGAACAACAAGCUCGAACUGACACAGACCUUGCUCAAGUGGGAACUAAUCGGAAAGAGAAUUCCGGCCCUUGAGCAGCUUAAAAGGGGGCUGGACACCUUCCAGUUCCUUAGCAGAACUGAAAAAUAUCAAGAGGCAGACAAACUGCUAAUGCACAUGGAUAGUGAAAAGGCAACCGCUGAGUACUUGAAGAAGUCUCUCCGUAAAGAAAUUGACAGACUGAAACUAAGCUGUAAGGAAGAGGAAAAUGCCAAGGAAUACACCCUUAAGUGUAUGGAUCUGAUGACAGACACAGAGGCUACCAGUCUCUUUCACUUUAUCACCGGAAUGUCAUCACUGCCAGUUGAGGAUAUCCCACUUGAAGUGGAAUUUAACAAACUGAACAAGGCAGCAGAACUACCUGAAGCCAUCACAUGCAUCCAGCGACUGAGAAUUCCACUUGGAAAUGAUUCUCCUAUGGCGUUUUAUUCUUCAUUUCAUAAGGCGCUGGCCCAUGGAAAAUACGGCUUUCAUGGAAACGAUACACUUCAUUGAUUAAAUAAUUUCUCAAAGUUUGUUCUAAGUCCAUAGCCUGUUCUCUUUUGUAAUAACUUUGAUUUUAUUUUGUAUAUACGCCGAUGCAUUUUACCAUGUAAGCAUUGAUAAAACAUUAUCGCAUUAUCGUAUAGACGUUUCUCAGGACACUAUAUAUACUUUUUCUAUUAUUUUACUUUACUUCUUUGCGCUUUCGUGUACAUUUUGUUCCUUUUUACAUUUUACUGACUAGUAAAUGUGACUGAAUUUUUUUAAUAGUGCAUUUAUUAUUCAGAAACAUGCUUCAAAGUGUAUGCCUUCCGUAAUGGAACAUAGAACAAUAAUGUGUUGU